AUGCAUGGUCUCUUCCGUCAACUUGGCCUUCACUUGGUUAUACUGAUUACGCAAAAGGCGAUUCUUGGCUUCCAAAACUUUAAUCAAGGACGUCGCUUUUUGACAAAUGUCUUCCAGGCUCGUGUAAACGAUUACGGGUGGCACGGUGAGAUUAAGCAGGACAAAAUUCGGCAGCAAUAUCUAGUCGAUUCCACCAAGUUAGAGCUCUUCCUCGGAGAAGUGUCACAGCAACGGUUAUUCAUCGUUCUUUUUUGGAACCGUGUAAACUCCAAUUUGGCCCACAAGCUUCGAGGUGUACAAAGGAGCAGGACCACAGGCAGUAGAUGA